AUGAAAAGAUCGGCUAAUUUAAGUCCAUUUGGAAAUGCACCGAAUGGCACCAGUCUGGUGCCAAGCUCGGAGAGACCCUUGUCAGAGGCAAAUACUGAAGCUCAGAUUGAGGGCAUCUUGAAGACAUGCAAAAACCAUCAUUUGGAUAAGGAUUAUAAUCCUGAAGUCAAGUGAGCUAGGAAGAAGACUGCUAGUGAAAUCCAAUUUCUUGAAGAAAUGUUCAAGAAAGAUCCUAAGUGGGGUAGAAAGACAGUCCAGAUUUGUAAGAAAGCACUCGACCUCAAUACUGACCAGAUUUACAAGUGGGGCUAUGACCGGAAGCUGCUGUUGCGGAAGAAGGAAAAGGUGCGUUCCGAUCCAUUGUGAAACAGAGAGAUUGCAAUGGAAUUGAAGAAAGAGGUAUUUUUAGUCCAAGACUUAAACGCUUAUGUCUCAGGACUUGUGUCCUGGCACAACUCUGUUGGGACUACUUCAUCCCUGAAUAGUCUCUCCCUAGCUUUAAGGGAAGGAGAUCAGGCUCAUGUUGAAAGGUUAGAAAUAACCAAGAUUUCUAUUGCUGGGAAAGAAAUAGAAAUGACUCAGGAGUUUGGGAAAAAGUUAUGAAACGAAGAUAUACAUCAAGAUUUUCCAGAACAUCCUUCUUACCCUUUUGAACCCUUUCACGUGGGUUCUCGUAGCCUCUUUGCAGACUUGGAGACUCAGAGUCGCUCAAACUCUUCCAUUUAUGAGAAAGAAUUUGAAGUCAGUGGGAGCCACCGCUUUUUCAAAGAUCGCAGACCAGCCUGUGAUUUUUCAGAGAAUGAUUAUUCUGGAAGUAUAUUUCAGAACAUACCAGAUCUCUUUAAUGGGGCUUUCUAA